AUGCCACCCCCAUCAGACAAAGAUGGCGUGCAGCGAUUCUUAGGAACAAUCAACUACUUGGACAAGUUCAUUGAACACAAAGCUGAUUUGCAAGGCCCAAUCUCCCAGCUGACCCAGCAAGUAGCAGUUUUCACCUGGGAGAAGCCUCAACAAGAGGCAUUCGAGAAGCUCAAAGCUGUGAUCACCCAUGCACCAGUGUUGGCCUAUUUUGACAAUCACAAACAGACCAUUCUGAAUGUAGAUGCGAGUAGCACUGGCCUUGGUGCAGUCAUCAUCCAAGAGGGUAAGCCGAUUGCCUUUGGUUCAAAGACUUUGUCGUCUUGUGAGCAGAGAUAUGCUAACAUUGAAAGAGAGUUGUUAGCUAUACUAUGGGGAGCAGACAAGUUCCACACGUAUGUAUAUGGCAGGAGAGUGAUUGUAGAAACUGAUCACAAACCAUUGGAGGCAAUUUUUAGGAAGCCCCUAAAUGAAUGCCCACCACGAUUGCAGAGAAUGCUUCUGAAGCUAACCAAGUAUGAUUUGGAUGUGAGAUAUGUCCCAGGCAAGAAACAAAUCAUCUCUGAUUGUUUGAGUAGAGCCCCACUCACUGACACUACGCCAGUAAGUGAACCAGAGGAUGUGAUUGGAAUCAAUCUGAUUGAAAAUCUGGGAAUUGAGAAUUCCACAUUAAAGAAAUUCAGAGAUGCAUCAAGUAACGAUGAAACCUCAAGAGUAGUAAUGGAAUAUGUCCUAGAGGGUUGGCCAGAAGAAAAGGAUCAGGUUGACGAACUGGCAAGAGAAUACUGGAAUUACAAGGAAGAGCUUAGUGUUGAAGAUGGUUUGCUGUUCAAAUCUGAUAGAAUUGUAGUACCAAGAUCCAUGAGAGCUGAAGUACUUGAAGAUAUACAUGGAGCACACAUGGGUGAGAGUAAGAGUCUGAGUUUGGCAAGAGACUAUGUCUUUUGGCCCUCCAUGACUGCCCAUAUUAAGGACCGAUAUUUUGAAGUUGAACUACUUCGGCAGUCCACUGCCAUGUGUGUCGUCAACACCUUGAAGCAAAUCUUUGCAAGAUUUGGCAUUCCAGCCAAAGUGAUCAGCGACAAUGGCCCACAAUACAGUAACACCCGCAAUAUUUUCAGUACUACCCAUGAGUUUACGCAGUUUGCAGAAGCUUGGGGAUUCCAGCAUGUAACCAGCUCACCCGAGUAUCCCCAGUCCAAUGGUGCUGCGGAAAGAGCUGUCCAGACUGCAAAGCGAAUCUUUAAGAAAGCAGCAGCAGAGAAUAAAGACCCAUUUGAAGGUUUAUUAAAGUACAGAAAUACACCUUUUGACGACAUAGGUGUCUCACCUGCCCAACUACUCAUGAGUAGGCGUACACGUUCAACACUACCUACCCAUCGACGUUUGUUGGUACCUCACCCAGUAGACCCUCACAGAGUGGUAAAGGCAUUAGCCCAUCGACAAGCAAAUUCACGGAUGAGCUAUGAUCAACACAGCCGGGACCUUCCCCCUUUGGAAGUUGGGGACAAAGUUAGAGUUCGUGUAAACAAAGAUAAAGAAUGGUGUAAAGCAGAAGUCCUGCCAAGGUCAUAUGUAGUUGAAGAUGAGAAAGGACGUGUAUUUCGAAGAAAUCGAAGGCACAUCAUUUCUGUCCCGAAGGACACACCCAUGAAUCCGAAGAUGCCAGUGGCUCCCACAUACAUGAGUCCUCAACCUCAAGUGGUCGCUAGGAAAGCGCAGAUCAAUGAACCGCCAAGUCCAUUGAAAGUACAGGAAGAUCAGAGAGAAACAGAAGCACAUUCACCCAUCAGAACAAGAGCUGGUCGUGAAGUGAAGAAGCCACAAAGACUUAUUGAACAAUGUUAA